CCAUGAGAUUCUUUCAUCCAAUGUAUCUCCUGUUGUUGCUUCUGGCAGCCCUGCUCAUCACCAGCGCCGAGAGACCAGGCAAAACCGAUUUUCUAAAUCUCAGGCGGAAAUAUCGGAGACACAACUGCAUGAAAAAGCGCUGUCUACCUCUUCACUCAAGAGUACCGUUCCCUUGAGUUGAACAUGAGCUCAAGCUGAGAGAGAGAAACCUCAACAUGGCCAUGUUGAACAAUCUUUGGGACGUGUUGGGCAUCAAGAGCCAAACAGUUGGAUUACCAAAAGCUGAAAUGAGAAUUAAAUUAAAACUCAAUAAGGACUGAUACAUGCCCUUAUACUCCAGCAAACAGUCAUGUGAAUGUUGGUGUACAAGCCAUACAUGGGGACAUCCCAUCCAACCAAAGAUGCCAAAUACUCAUCGUUCCAUCAGUUUGAGUUUUUCAAAUCAUUGUAAAUAGUAUGGACUGAAUGAAAUGUGUUUAUAUGUAAGUUAUGCACUUCAAAUGUUUUAUUAUUAACCUGCUUUAAAUAAAAGUGUAUCGUCUUUACAGCCAGACUCAGUGCGUGUUUUAACCUAACCCUUUUUAUUCGAUUUCCAAGUUCCAUUUGUUUUCCCAAGUAACGCAGAUGCUGGCAACAUGUAUAGUUUACAGUGAAUACGUACUGUAGUCAAUUUAGACAAAAUUAUCAGUCAAAUGUAUGGCAACAUAAAGAGGAAUUAUUUAAUAUUAGCUUAACUGAAUGAAAAUGUGUUAAACUGUGAUGUAUAUUUCUUAUAUUUUAGUGUGAUCAGAAACUCAAAUUGCCAGAUUCAUUACAUUCAUUCAGGAUGUUUUCUUUACUGUUGACCACUAUUUCUUAAAAAACAAAACAAUUUGUGGUAUACUUGGUAACAAAUUCCCAAAUUCCAUUCUUACAAAUAAGUGAAUUACAUUGAGGCAGGAAAUUAAAUAGACAUUUUAUAUGUGGGUAUUACAGAUUUUUAUCAUC